UCUUUUAAUUGACCUAAUUCCCUCUCUGUGUGUUGUUUAUUCUCAGGAUGAAUUCUUGGCAAGGAAAUAUCUUCAAGGUAAUGGAUCUGCUGGAGGGAGAGGAAAAGACAUUAGAGACCACCUUCGCCACGCUGCGGCCAACCUCAAGCCCACUCUAAAAUAUUCUUUUCUUUCACUCUUGUUUUCACAGCUAUCAUUGAUGGUUUUGUGUUUGCCAGUAAGAAGGAGUCUUGGAAUCCGCUGGAAGCUCUCCGGUAUCUGAUGGUCAGGAACCGCACCCUGAACGUUGAGCACAUCACGUCGAUCCUCAGAAACUACCAGAAGGACCUGAUUUCCGAACCGAAGCAGCUGCUGUCCGAGCUGAUGACACUGGACAACCAACAGUUCUUGACCGCCAUGAGGCUGCUGCUUUGUGGGAGGAAGGAGCAGACUGCACUGAUUGACAUCGACUUUGAUUUGAUUAAAGAGGCCCUGAUGCAGAGUCCCAGCGGGAACCGGUCCCUGUUCAUCACCGUGAGGAAUCGGUGUCUGCCGGCGCUCAACACCGCCGACUGUGUGGAGCUGAUGGGGGCUGUCAUGAGGCUUUCCUCCGGCGAGUUCGUCCAGAAGGACCUGCUGGGAGAAUUCCCCCGGGACAUGCCUGAGGACACCUUCCGGAAUAUAACAGCCAUUUUUAAGGACCUUUAUGACAAGCUGUCCGUCAGCACCCAAAGAGCCGUCUACGACUGGAUCACCGUAGGGCUACAGAAGUCCUCCAAGUUGACCGAAGUUUCCAGUUCCUGGGUCACCGCUGAAAACCUGUGGUUCCUGGGGAGGUACAUCAUCCACCUGCCUGUCGAGGAAAUCCAUAAAAUCAGUCUGGGUGAGAUAAGGAUGUUCAUCAACUAUGACAAUGCCACCAAACAGCUGGACUCCAUGUAUGACAUCAAACAUGGGACCGCCAGAGCCUUCCUCAAACGGAUCAAUGGCUCUGGGUUUGACAUGAGCAACACUUCCAUUGUAUACAGGCUUGGCCUGCUGGUAUGUUUCUAUGACAACGUGCAACAGCUGCGACCUGCUGAUGCCCGGAACCUUCUGCAUCAACUGAUAAAGUGCAACCAGCUCCGAGGUAGCCAGUCAGAUGUGCAGAAGCUCAAAUCCCAGCUCCUGGAGAUUGUAAUGAAGAACCAAACGCUGAAUGAGUCGCUGGGUUCGGUGUCAGAUGCUGUUGUAGGCCUGGAUCCCGGCCAGCUGGAGGCACUGUCCCCACAGGCUGUUCAAGCGUCUAUUGGGGUCCUGCAGCAGGUUUCCGGCUGGACUCGGAGUCAGAUUCUCAUCCUCGCUCACAAGUUCAUUGGUGAGCACAAGCUGCUGUCGUUCGCCAACAUCAGCCAGUUAGGACCCUUGAUUUCGGGGAUUGACGCCAAUCUUUUCUACAGCAUCAGUGCUGAAGAUUUGGGUCGGGCCCUGGAAGGCACCCUGUCCCAGUAUGCAUCUGAAUUGAAUCCCGCGCAGCAGCUGGCUGUUGUUAGUCAGGUGCUCACUAGUGCAAACACAACGUCCGCCAUGAGACAGAUUCCUAGCGUGCUGUUCACCGAGGUCUCGCUGUCUGCCUUACUGCAGGUACAAGAUGUUGAACCAUCUGCCUUGGAAGAAAAACAACUCAGACGAAGCCAGGCUGUCUUCCUCUACGACGCUCUCUCUAAGAGUGUCCCUCCAGUGGACCUCCUGAGUACAGGGCAGCUGGUGAAAGGAAUUUCUUGUGAGCAGAUCCAGACGAUGGACAGCAAAACCUUUCUGUACAACUUUUCGCUGUUCGAGAGGAACUUUCACUUCCUGUCAGCCUUUCAGAUGAACUGCCUGGCCUGGAAGUACUGGAGGGAGUUAAACGUGACAAACGCCUUCAUCCCACCGCUCCUGCUGCCUCUCCUGCCCACCGAGUAUGUAGACAAUGUGCCCACGUCACUGUGCCAGUCGUUCUUGGUCAGCCUGGGCCGCACAGACCUGGACCUCAUUAUCAUCCAGGAGGCAAAGCGAGAAGCUGUGGUCAAGAAAGUUCUGCAGUGUCUCAACGGCCGGAUCCAAGACGAGUAUGACGUGGAUGCACUUGGUCGCCUCCUUUGCUCGCUGCCACCGUCUACACUGCGCCGAGGCAUUUCUCAGCAGGCCGUGCCCUCUGCCCUCACCCAGCUCAAGACUUGCUGCUGUCUCAGUCCGGAACAGAAAGCUGCUGUGAAAAGCAUUCUGGUGGAGCUCCACGGGAGCCCCUCAGGUUGGACUGCAGAACUCAUUCCAGACCUCGGUCCACUCAUCACCGUCCUGCACAAGGAUGAGCUGAUUGCCAUAGCGAGCAAGUUCCCUGACGACAUCCUGCCGCUGGCUCUUAAACUGUCUAGUGGCUCCGUGCCUGAGGAGUUCCUGUCUGCUCUCUUUGAAGUUGUGAGAGGCUCCAGUGUGCCUGACGUGGCGGCGCCCGAGGAAAAGACAGGCUGCCAUGCUGUAACAGCGCCCUUCCGUGAUGACAUCCGGAAGCUCUCAGACGCAAACCUUUACUGGUCCGAGGCAGAACUGGGCUGCAUUUCCAGCGACACUCUUUACCAUCGCUUUGCUCUGACCGAGAGUGAAAUAAAGUCCCUGAACCUGAGCUCCAUAGACAGCAUGACAGUUCUGAGCCAGCAGGAGGGAUUGGACAUGGCUACCCUGCUACAUGAGUUCCUGCAUGACUCCGGACUUUCCUUCAGCUCUCUCAACGGGUCGGACUUAGCAGGACUUGGAGUCAUCCUUUGUGGAGUAGACCCCAAGCAAGUGCAUUUCAUAAGCCCAGCUGCGUACAGCAUAGCCGCUGCCCGGAUUGGGACCCUUGCCUGCCCCUGGGACGUUCUGCACGAGUUUAAGAAGAUGGCUGAGAGUGUUUUUGGAAGGGUCGAAACCUGGUCCGGCUCCAUCCUUCAGGAGGUGGGCACAGCUGCAGCUGGUAUGACCAAAGAAGAGCUGAGUGCCGUGCCAAAGGAGCUGAUGCCAUAUUUCCAGCCACUGGCGAUUGCCAUCAUACCACCAGAAAACUUCAGAGAGUUCUCCACCGAGCAGCUCUUGGCUUUGGGUCCUGAGAAUGCGGCUGCGGUGACGGCCGAACAGAGAGAGCAGCUCAGCCAGCAACAACUGCUGAGCCUGCAGGGGGCGCUGAAUGGCUUGCGGGACAAUGAUGCCAGCCUUUUAGACAUCGUCAGCACGGGUUUCGUCUUCCAUUGUAGCGCCGUCACCUGGCUGUGGCUUUAUUGGCUCCUGGGGUCCAUGCUUGUAGAGUGAUAUCUACACUGAGAAUGAGAGACCGACUCUCGUACAUCUACUGAAUAUACUACCAAACAAAAAAAACAAGUAAUGUGGGGGAACAAUGCCAUCUGACUUGACCCUCCUCACCCAUCACUAGUGCUUACCGAGGGCCCUAGGCAUUUAGGUCUAGUGUAGACGCACUAAUGAGCUCGGAAUGCCACCUUGUGGUGGAGCCAGAUGGGCAGCAAAGGGACAGCCUGAGAAGAGAAAGGGUGCCAGUUGGGAUCGCUGGCAAGGAGUGAGAGAAUAUGGGAGUUUGUCUUUUAUGUGUCACCUCCUUCCUUGGCCAUGGGAUGUCCAAGCCUCUGUGUCUGAUGCCUUCUGCCCCCAAAGGGAGCAGUGACCAGGUGCCUCUUAGGAUCACUGUGCAAAAAGUCAUGCCAGCUUCAAGUAGAUGAAUGUACAACUUUACUGGGAUCAUCUGAACAUUUGUUUCCUAAUAAAUGAGGUAGACUCUGUAUGUAUGUGUGGUGUGU